AUGCCAAGUUUUAUCAUGAGCCAGGACUCGUUUGACGAGAAAGCUGUACCGUCAGAACUCAAGAAGAAUGGAUCAAAAUUUGAUUCGUUACAGACAGCAAAACUGAGACAUCUGCCCCUUUCUGAGAUUUGCGAAGAAGAUGUUAUACAACUGCAGGCAGUCAAUAGACAGAUCAAUCGGGCUCGCCGUAUUUUGGUGCUCACUGGAGCUGGCAUUUCGUGUAACGCGGGCAUCCCAGAUUUUAGGUCCUCCAGUGGGUUAUACGAGCUUGUCAAACGCCAGUACCCAGAGGCAAGCAUAAGAUCCGGUCAGGAAAUGUUUGACAUUUCACUGUUUCGAGAAGAGACCAAAAUCCCAGUUUUUGCGAGUUUUAUGGAGAAACUCUAUAGCAGCGCUAGAUUGGCACAACCGACCAAAACGCACCGGUUUAUAGCUCAUUUGAAGAACAGAGGUAAGCUCCUGCGCUGCUAUACGCAAAAUAUUGACGGUCUAGAAGAAACUCUGGGUCUUGAGGUGUCUUCAGAACGCGACAGUACCUCCACGAUGACCAACCAAUGGAAAAAUGUCGAUGUGGUACAACUCCACGGUGAUUUAAAUAAGCUGAGCUGCACCCAAUGCUUUGCUACUUGCGAUUGGAACAGAAUGCUAUCCAGAACGCUGCGAAGUGGCCAGCUCCCAAAUUGCCCUCGUUGCCAGCAUGCAAACCACCAAAGAACUCUUCAAGGGAAGCGCAACACCGGAUCUGUCGGUCUCUUGAGACCAAAUAUUGUUUUAUAUGGUGAAAAUCACCCAAGUUGCGAGUUCAUAACGCAAGGACUCAACAUCGACCUUGCUCGAGGACGGCCAGAUUUGCUGUUUAUCAUGGGGACUAGCUUAAAAGUCGACGGGGUCAAAAAGCUCGUGAGAAACGUCAGCAAACAAGUACACGAGCGUAACGGCCUUGUAAUUUUGAUUAACAAGACCAAAAUUGGAGAUUGCAAUUGGCACGGCAUCAUAGAUUAUCAGAUUCUUUCUGACUGCGACGAUUGGGUUGAUCAUCUACAGGAAAGCAUUCCGGAACUGUUCAAGACACAUCAACAAAUUGAAAAGGCAAAACAGUUGCGUAGGGAAAACAGUGAGCUUCGCAAACGUCAACGACAGGAAAAAAAACUCACACCUCCAUCGACACCCAGCAAGCGAAAGAAGUCAACAGCUACAAAUUUGCCGGAGUCUCUCCCGAGCCCCGAGAAUACUUCCUCCGGCUCCUCAUCGCCAACAUUAUCUGCGCAUUUCAAAGCUGAAACGAGUGAUAUCGUAUUCAAGCUUGCUCUUGAAAAUAGAGCACAGCCUUGCAGCCUUUCCGACGCCAAGUCGUUGCCGUCACUGCAGAGACAAGACUCACAUUCAAAUGAGACAGAUACCACGAUGGAGGGAGAUCUGACAGAGAUUGAUGAGGAAGAACCGGACGCCUCAUUAUACACAAGUGCUAAGAAACAAGCACUUACAGCUAGAUAG